CGCCCCCCCCAUGGUGCGGCCCCGCCGCGGGCCGUCGGAGAUCCGCUGGGCAGCAGCGCCGCGGGGAGUCCGGGCUGCUCCGGGGCUGCGAUGAGAUAGAGCCGGCGGCGGAGCGAGGAGCCCCGCGGAGGAGGGCGGGGGGCGGCGGAGAGCGACGCGACCCCCGGCCGCCCGCGGGUCGUAUGUUCAGGUCCAAACGCUCAGGGCUGGUGCGGCGACUUUGGAGGAGCCGCGUCAUUCCGGACAGGGACGGCGGAGAUGGGAGCGCCAGGAGCGGCCACGACCUCGGAGCCACCGGCAGCUGCAAGAUCGCGGAGAAAAGCCCCUCGGCGGAGCUCCGCGCGGUAGCGCGCAGCCUGCUGCUGCGGGAGCCGGAGGAGCGGCGCGGGGCGGCGGGCGAGGCGGCGCCGCGCGGGGACCCCAUGGCGGAGCGGCGCGGGGCCCGGCUCCGCCUGCUGCUGGAGCAGGAGCUGAAGGCCGUCACCUACUCGCUGCUGAAGCGGCUGAAGGAGCGCUCGCUGGACAGCCUGCUGGAGGCGGUGGAGUCCCGCGGGGGGAUGCCCGGCGGCUGCGUCCUGGUGGCCCGCACCGAGGUGCGCCUGGGGGGCCUGGCGGCGCCCCCGCACCUCCUCCUGGGCAAGCUGUUCCGCUGGCCCGACCUGCAGCACCCCGCCGAGCUGAAGCCCCUCUGCGAGUGCCAGAGCUUCGGCGUCGCCGACGGACCCACGGUCUGCUGCAACCCCUACCACUUCAGCCGCCUCUGUGGGCCAGAGUCUCCACCACCUCCCUACUCUCGGCUGUCUCCUAAUGAUGAGCAAAAGCCACUGGAUCUAUCAGAUUCCACGUUGUCUUACACUGAAACAGAGGCUACAAACUCUCCCAACGUCACGCCCGGAGAUUUCUCAGACGCCAGCACGUCGCCCGAUGCCGUGAAGAGGAGCCAUUGGUGCAACGUGGCCUACUGGGAGCACCGGACGCGCGUGGGCCGCCUCUACACAGUGUACGAACAGUCUGUCAGUAUCUUCUACGACCUACCUCAAGGAAACGGCUUCUGCCUCGGACAGCUAAACCUGGACAACAGGAGCGAGACUGUGAGAAGGACUCGAAGUAAAAUCGGCUACGGGAUUUUACUGAGCAAGGAACCGGACGGGGUGUGGGCCUACAACCGCAGCGAGCAUCCCAUCUUCGUCAACUCCCCGACACUGGACAUCCCCAACUGUAGGACUCUGAUCGUGCGCAAGGUGAUGCCGGGCUACUCCAUCAAGGUGUUUGACUACGAGAAGUCCUGCCUGCUGCAGCACACGGCCGAGCUGGAUUAUGCAGACGGGCCCUACGACCCCAACAGCGUCCGGAUCAGCUUCGCCAAGGGCUGGGGGCCCUGUUAUUCCAGACAGUUCAUCACGUCGUGUCCGUGUUGGCUGGAGAUCUUACUCAGCAACAACCGGUAACGGUCAGCCUCCCACGAAAGGAAAACGUCAACAGCAACAGCAAAACACACACACACAAAAAGAAAAAAAAAAAAAAAAAAAAAAAAAAAAAAAACACAGACUAUCCCAAAUAUCAUCUACCUAGAUUUAAUAUAAAGUUUUAUAUAUUAUAUGAAAAUAUAUAUUAUACUUGUAAUUAUGGAGUCAUUUUUACAAUGUAAUUAUUUAUGUAUGGUGCAAUGUGUAUAUGGACAAAAAACAGAAAAUGCACUUUGGCUUAUAUAAUUCUUUCAAUACAGAUUUUUAAAAAAAAAGAAAAAAAACAACAAAAAUUAUACAGCAAAAAUAGGAGAAAGCCCUAAUUUUGAUGUAUGGUUUUUUGAAAUAUUAUUAAUACCCAGACAAAAAGCUAAUACCAGUCACUCAUUGAUAAUAAAGUAUUCGCAUUA